AAAGUCAAUUUCUUAUAGUCGCAACGUGAUUUACAAAAUAAUACACAAAUAAGCAACGAGGCAAUUACUUUAUGUGACGAAUUGUUGAAGCAUCGAGAAUGGGAACGAAAGUGCAACAACAAAACGAUGUCGCUGUCGCUGCAACGCCAGCGGCAGAAGCGGCCGCCACCCACAGCAACGCCAACGCCAAUGCCACAACAACUAAAACAACAACAGCAACAAGAGAAGCAGAGGCAGCAACAACACCAACGCAAAUCAGCGAGCUAAAGUCAAAAACGCUGCCCACACAUGCCACAGUGGUAAUCAUUCCUGCCGCCCAGGCAUCCACGCUAGCCACAAAUGCCGCCAAAAAGAUACGGCGCGCCUUCUCCAUGCCACGCAAUCCGUUUCGCUGGUCACGCAAAUUCAAGACAAUCGCCGCUGCCACAGCCGGCUCACCAGCAGCAGCGACAGCCGGCAACGCCAACGUCAGCAGCAGCAGCAGUUGCAGCAGCACAGCCAUUUCGUCCUGUGUCAGCGGUGGACGCGGUCGCAGCGGCAGCAUUGUGUCCCUCAACAGCUACGAGGCAGCGGCGGCCUCCGAUGCGCCCAUGGGCAACGAAAGCCACACAAUUGGUCAAUGCAACAACACGAGUAGCAACAACAACACCAACAACAGCAGCAACAAACAUGCACGUGCGAUGCGUCGUUCGUCCUUCAGGAAAUUUCUCAAUCGUAUUGCGCAGCAUUUGAGUGCAACGGUAAAUGUUGGGUCGCCAGAGAGCAACAACACGGCGCAUCGCACAACUUUCAUAGAAAUCGUGCCAUUCUACACCGGAUGCUGGCGCCGAAAAGAGGCGAAUAAACAUGGUCAAACUGGCAUGGGAAAUGUGAAUGGAAUGGAACGUGUGCCGCCCAUUGGGGGCUAUCAAUGGCCAGCUGAUCAGACGCCCGGCGUCAUGGGUCUUAAGAAUCAUGGCAACACCUGCUUCAUGAACGCGGUGCUGCAGUGCCUCAGCCACACGGACAUACUCGCCGAGUACUUUGUGCUGGAUCAGUAUAAGGCGGAUCUAAAGCGUCGCAACAAGAUUAACUCACGCAAGUUCGGUACGAAAGGCGAACUUACCGAGCAGCUGGCCAAUGUGCUGAAGGCGUUGUGGACAUGUCGCAAUGAGAGCGAUCACAGCACCAGUUUCAAGGCGGUCGUCGAUCGCUAUGGCACACAAUUUCGCAGCUCCACGCAGCAUGAUGCGCAGGAGUUUCUCUUCUGGCUGCUGGACAAGGUGCACGAGGAUCUGAACACGGCUAGCAAACGACGCUACAAGAGCAUUAAGAACUCCUAUGGACGCUCGGAUGAGAUUAUUGCCGCUGAAACGUUAGCGAAUCACAUACGCUGUAAUAAUAGCUUCGUGCAGGCCGUUUUUCAGGCGCAAUUCCGAUCAUCUCUUACGUGCCCACGCUGCCAGAAGCAGUCAAAUACCUUCGAUCCGUUCCACUGCAUUUCCGUGCAGCUGCCUCAGCUCACCCAGCUGACGAUCUUUGUGACUGUCGUCUUCAUGAAGCAACAGCCGCGCCAGCUCAAGAUGGGUCUGCGUGUACCCGCCGGCUCGCCAAUUGUUGCAUUACGCGAACUGCUCCAAGAAACGGGCAUUGCCUCCAAUCGCAUGGUGCUGGUGGAUCUCAGCUCGGAGGGAUUCACGCGCGUUUUCUACGACACUCAGCCGGUGGAGACGCUGAGCAGCGUCGAGAACAUCUACUGCAUUGAGGUGCCCGAGGUCAGCCCAACGCCCAAGGCCUCCUUGGAUGCAGACCCCGUUGAUGCGGCAGAGAAACCUUUGGGAGCGCCACCAGCAACAGCAACGGCCCAUUCUACGGAUCUACUCUUGCUGGUGGCCAAUGUGCACAGAACAUCGGCUGGUGAGCAAGGCGAUGCCAAGGCUGUUUGCAAGCGUUUUGGAGCGCCAUUUAGCAUGAAGGCGCCAAGGGAUUGCAGCUACCAGGAUCUGCAGAAGCGCAUGUUGCGCGAGAUGUCUUCACUGCUAAAGCCAGAGGUAUUUUCAUAUGCAACGCCACUGCCAGACAUGUUUAAGAUACGCCUACAGGAUCCAUCCGCUGAUCCGGACACGUAUCUAGAGCAGGUGGAGCAUCCGCUGCUCACCGAAAUGAUUGACAUGGCGCUAUCGGUGCUCUCCUCGGAGGCGGGACCAACGCACAUAAAGCUGCUGCUGGAAUGGAGUUCGCCCGAAACGCACUUUGUCAAACUGCAAUCGGACGCCGAUGCAAUCGUGGAGCACGAAAGUGUGGCGCGUUUGAGCGCCAGUAAGCCCAACGACACCGCUGCCCUGACGCUGGAACAAUGUCUGGAACAUUAUACCAAGGCGGAGACGCUCAGCGCAGAGGAUGCCUGGCGCUGUCCGCAUUGCCAGCAGUAUUUGCCCGUGGUCAAGACGCUGGGUCUGUGGUCGCUCCCAGACAUUCUGGUGGUGCACUUCAAGCGCUUCCGCCAGCAUCAGGCCAAGGGACCGCAGGCGGCCAAACUGACAACGAUGGUUAAGUUUCCACUCACUGCAUUCGAUAUGUCGCCACAUUUGGCACGCGGAGUACGUGAGAGUUGCAGCACCUUGGGCCAUGCCAUGGAUCAGCCGGCAACCAAGAAAUCACGCUCGGGCGACUCACGCUCCUCCACGCUCAACUCACGUGCUGAGCCCAAGGAUACGCGCUAUGAUCUGUAUGCCGUGUGCUAUCACCAGGGUGAUACACUGGAAACUGGCCACUAUACGGCCGCCUGUAAGAAUCCCUACGAUCGCCAGUGGUACAAGUUUGAUGAUCAGCGCGUGAGUAAAGUGCCCGAGCUGGACAUCGAGCAGGACAUCAUCAACAAUGAGGCCUAUAUGCUCUUCUAUCAGCGACGCAGCGUUGACGCCUCUGCCGAAUGUUCUGGCUCCAGUUCCAAUUCGGGGGAUCAUUGGGUCUCCCGCAUUGCACCGCCAACAACUGUCAGCAAAGAGAAGGAGCUCAUUGACCCGAGCACUGAAACGCCGGAACCCAUUGCAGCUGCUGCAGUGGAGAAGGCAAAUGCCAAACCAGUUGCUAUACCCAUACCAAUACCCAUACCCAUUGUUGCUUGUGAAAUUGAAGAGGGCGAUGUUGUCGCUGCAGCAGAUCCCAAGGCUGCCGCAACCGAUAAGGGCUCCUCUCCUGAGGUGCUGAACAUUGAAACUUUGGCAUAUGUUGACGCAGAUCCGGAUGCAGAUGCGGAGUUGCCAGCACUGCCAGAGUCGAGUGCUGAGCCCGUGGACUCUUUGCCCGCGCCUCCAACGCCGCAGCCAACGCCGAAUACUGAUGUCACAAACGCUGCUGUUACUGCUGCUGCUAUUGCUGCUGCAGCUGCUGUUGCUGAUGCGGAUGCAACGCAGAUCUUUGCCAUGGACGAAGACUGCUCUGAUACACAGCGCGAGGCACCUGUAUGUGAACUCGCUACACCCUCAACUGCCGCAGUGAUAGCCAGCGAACUACCUACCCCUGCUGAGGCCGCCACCAAUGGUCAUGCGGCCAGCUCAGGCAGCUCUUCGGCCUCCAGUUCGGCAUCAUCGGUUAGCUCGCUGUCGUCGCGCUCCUCGCCACGCUCGCUGAGCACUUCGGUGACGGCUGCCUCCACGCUGCAAAACAAAUUCAAUGGCCAUAAGAAUGUCGCCUCAGCAGCUGCGGCGCUGCUCAAUGGCAAUGCAACACCGCAGUUGUCUUCCAGCCUGCAACUGUCGCGGCAUGCGCUGCACAAUCACUGCAAUCACAAUUGGCAAGGCUCGCGCAGUAGCGUCUCGGCCAUCGAGAGUGCCACGCAGCAGCAGCAGCAACAACAGCAGCAGCAACAGGCCGCCGCAGCUAGUCUCAGUCUGCGGCACUCUUUUUCCACCAGCUCCAAUUACAAGUUGCGUGAAUGCAGCGAGACUUUGUCCUCGCUGCUGCGCAACUCAGCCAAUACAUGCAGCAAGGACACGCUGUUAUUUAUAGAUCAGCAGAGCCAUCAUCACACGAACGGUCUGAUCGAGGACGAUGAUGAUUCGUACAUGGGUCGCUCCCUUUGGAUUUCUCCCGUAACACCACACAAGUUAAUUACCGUCUCGCCCAAGAAUUAGUGAAGAUAUUAAUAAUUGAUUUAUAUUCAGACUCUCACACACAAACGCACUAUAGCUAUAAGCCUAAAGUUUACUUUACAUAUAUACAUGGAAUAUUUCUAUACAUAACAAACGAUUGAUGUAGUUACAUAUACAUAUAUAAAUUAUAAGCAAAAAGAUGUUAUACAAACAACGUUUACUUUAACAAUUUGCGAUUUCAAAACAUAUAUACAUAUAUAACAUGUUAGGUAAGCUAUUUGCAAUAUUGCAUUCAGUUCAAAAGUUGAGCAGCUUUUCAAUAUCGUCUUAAGUUAAUUUAUUGAUGGCAAUAACGAAAAUCCUGACACGACAACAUAAAACACUGAGAAUUUUCACUAUUGACAUUGCAUUAUUUAUAUAUAUCUACGCAUAUAUAUUAUUAUUUAUUUAGUGAAAUAUGAGAGUACAAUAUGAUUUGAUUACAGUUUCUUUUCAUGCAACAACAAGGCAAUAGUUUUAAUUAUAUAUUAAUUUUUGGAAUUAACGAGGAAAGUGCAUGGCAUGUAAAAGUAAACUUUAGUUUUUGUAUUUGUACACGAAACCAAGUUUCAAACUACGUAUUUAUGCAUUCAUCCUUUGUGUAUGCAUAUGUGUAUAUAUUAAUUUCAUUACACGACUAGUAUUUGUAUUUUAAUAUUUGCAACACACCUUAUGUAUAUUAAAAAAAAAAGCAACAAAAAAAAAGAACUUGGCACAGCUGCAUAUUACUUUUUCUUGAUAUAAUAUAAUAUACAUUAUAAGAGUUAUACAUUUGUAAUGUAUACGUAUGUGUAGGAAAGCAUUAAACCAAAACAUUAUAUUGAUAACAAAUGUUGAAAGACUUUGAAACAUUGUUUUUUUCAUAAUGUACACUUUAUUAUUAUAUACAUCAAUAUAUACAUAAUGAUAUGAAUAUGAAUGAUUCAACUAUUGUAUGUUAAGAGCAUGUUUAUUAGUUGACGAUGUGUGUAAUGUGCAUUGUAUUCAUGAAUAAACGUGAAAUUGUUGGACAUAAAAUU